UCUCAGCUCUUGUUUACCCAUCUCAGAGCCUUCCCUGAUCUGCCUCCAGCACUGCCCAUCCUUGCACCUCUCCACUGUCCCCGGAGCUUCCUGGGCCCUUCCCUGGGCCUCAGGAUCUCACCCUCCAUCCCGUCUGCCCUGCAGGAUGCUGCAGUUGAGCCUGUCCUGGCUGGGCCUCGGGCCCGUGGCAGCAUCCCCAUGGCUGCUUCUGCUGCUGGUUGGGGGCUCCUGGCUCCUGGCCCGCGUCCUGGCCUGGACCUACACCUUCUAUGACAACUGCCGUCACCUCCAGUGUUUUCCCCAACCCCCGAAACAGAACUGGUUUUGGGGACACCAGGGCCUGGUCACUCCCACGGAAGAGGGCAUGAAGACACUCACCCAGCUAGUGGCCACAUAUCCCCAGGGCUUUAAGUUGUGGCUGGGUCCUACCUUCCCUCUCGUCAUUUUAUGCCACCCUGACAUCAUCCGGCCUGUCACCAGUGCCUCAGCUGCUGUCGCACCCAAGGAUAUGCUUUUCUAUGGCUUCCUGAAGCCCUGGCUGGGGGAUGGGCUCCUGCUGAGUGGUGGUGACAAGUGGAGCCGCCACCGUCGAAUGUUAACGCCUGCCUUCCAUUUCAACAUCCUGAAGCCGUAUAUGAAGAUUUUCAACAAGAGUGUGAACAUCAUGCACGACAAGUGGCAGCGCCUGGCCUCAGAGGGCAGCACCAGACUGGACAUGUUUGAACACAUCAGCCUCAUGACCUUGGACAGUCUGCAGAAAUGCGUCUUCAGCUUUGAAAGCAAUUGUCAGGAGAAGCCCAGUGAAUAUAUUGCCGCCAUCUUGGAGCUCAGUGCCUUUGUAGAAAAGAGAAACCAGCAGAUUCUCUUGCACACGGACUUCCUGUAUUAUCUCACUCCCGAUGGGCAGCGCUUCCGCAGGGCCUGCCACCUGGUGCACGACUUCACAGAUGCCGUCAUCCAGGAGCGGCGCCGCACCCUCCCCACUCAGGGUAUUGAUGAUUUCCUCAAGAACAAGGCACAGUCCAAGACUUUAGACUUCAUUGAUGUGCUUCUGCUGAGCAAGGAUGAAGAUGGGAAGGAAUUGUCUGAUGAGGACAUAAGAGCAGAAGCUGACACCUUCAUGUUUGAGGGCCAUGACACUACAGCCAGUGGUCUCUCCUGGGUCCUGUACCACCUUGCAAAGCACCCAGAAUACCAGGAACGGUGCCGACAAGAAGUGCAAGAGCUUCUGAAGGACCGUGAACCUAUAGAGAUUGAAUGGGAUGACUUGGCCCAGCUGCCCUUCCUGACCAUGUGCAUUAAGGAGAGCCUGCGAUUGCAUCCCCCAGUCCCUGUCAUCUCCCGAUGUUGCACCCAGGACAUUGUGCUCCCAGAAGGCCGGGUCAUCCCCAAAGGCAUUGUCUGCCUCAUCAGUAUUAUCGGGAUCCAUUACAACCCAACUGUGUGGCCAGACCCUGAGGUCUACGACCCUUUCCGUUUCGACCAAGAGAACAUCAAGGAGAGGUCACCUCUGGCUUUUAUUCCCUUCUCGGCAGGGCCCAGAAACUGCAUCGGGCAGGCGUUUGCCAUGGCUGAGAUGAAGGUGGUCCUGGCUCUCACGCUGCUGCGCUUCCGCGUCCUGCCGACCCACAAUGAACCCCGCAGGAAGCCGGAGCUGAUAUUGCGCGCAGAGGGUGGACUUUGGCUGCGGGUGGAGCCCCUGGGUGCGAACUCACAGUGACUGUCCGACCCACCCAUCCACCUUUGUAGAGUCCCAGGAAUAAAACUAUGCUGACACUUCU